CUAUAUAACGACAUACUAACUGCACAAAUCAAUCAAAUCUUCUGCUCCGCCCUUCCUUGCGGCAUGGAUACAGGUAAGGACAUGGCGAGGUCGUGGUCGUUUCUUCUGCCGCUUGCUCUAGCGUUGGUUGCUUCAGGUGCUCACGCUGCCAUUGUGGAGCACACCUUCAAUGUCGGGAACCUCUCCAUUAGCCAGCUCUGCCAGCCGGACAGGAUCAUCACGGCGGUGAAUGGCCAGCUACCGGGUCCGACGAUUCGGGUUAGCGAGGGUGACACGGUGGUCGUACACCUCGUCAAUGAAUCGCCAUAUGGCAUGACAAUCCACUGGCAUGGCAUAUUCCAGCGCGGCAGUCAGUGGGCAGACGGGCCGGCGAUGGUCACGCAGUGCCCUGUCCAACCAGGCGGCAACUACACAUAUAGGUUCAAUGUCACCGGGCAGGAGGGCACGUUGUGGUGGCACGCCCACUUCUCCUUCCUUCGAGCCACCGUCUACGGAGCGCUCAUCAUCCUGCCCCGCGGCGGCGCCAAUGCCUACCCCUUUGCCAAGCCCGACAGGGAAGAGAUCAUCAUGUUCGGGGAAUGGUGGAACGCCAAUGUAUUCGACCUGCAGCAGAUGGCGCUCCUCACCGGAAUCCCGGCGGGGCCAGCCGACGCCUACACCAUCAACGGCAAGCCGGGAGACUUUUACAACUGCUCCGCCCCAAAUCAGACGCACAUGUUUGAGGUGAGGAAGAAUGAGACGUACCUGCUCCGCAUCAUCAACGCUGCGCUCAACACGCCUCUCUUCUUCAAGGUGGCGAACCACACCUUCACCGUGGUGGCGGCGGACGCGUGCUACACCACGCCGUACAAGACGGAGGUGGUGGUGGUCGGGCCGGGGCAGACCGUGGACGCUCUCAUGGUCGCGGACGCCGCCGCCGGGCGCUACUACAUGGCGGCGUCCCCCUACGACAGCGGGAUACCGUCGGGGCCGCCAUUCAGCAAGACUUUCGCGACGGCCGUGCUAGAGUACGCCGGCGGACCGAACACAACGACGACCUGGCUGCCGGAGCUGCCGGAGUUCAAGGACACGGACACGGCGCACAGGUUCCUCUCCAACCUCACGGCGCUGGUGCUCCCUGGCAAGCCGACCGUGCCGCUGGCAGUGGACACGCGCAUGUUCGUCACCGUCGGGAUGGGCGUGGCCGACUGCCAGCCGGAGCAGACGCUGUGCAACCGGAGCAGCACCGUGUUCGCGUCGAGCAUGAACAACGCGUCCUUCAUGCCGCCGAGGAGCACGUCCAUGCUCGAGGCCCACUACAACAACGUCACCGCCGGCGUGUACACGCGGGACUUCCCCGACCGGCCGCCGGUCGUCUUCGACUACACGGCCGACGCGAGCGACAACGCCACGAUGCAGUACACGACCAAGUCGACCAAGGUGAGGACGCUCCGGUACAACGAGACGGUGGAGAUGGUGCUCCAGAACACGCGGCUCAUCGCCAAGGAGAGCCACCCCAUGCACCUCCACGGCUUCAACUUCUUCGUCCUAGCACAGGGCUUCGGAAACUACAACCCGACCACCGCGGCGCCGCAGUUCAACCUCGUUAACCCGCAGGAGCGAAACACCGUCCUCGUCCCCACCGGUGGUUGGGCCGUCAUCCGCUUCGUCGCCGACAAUCCCGGGAUGUGGUACAUGCACUGUCAUUUCGAGGCUCAUCUCGAUCUCGGUUUGGGAAUGGUGUUCGAGGUUCAGGACGGCCCCACGCCAGAUGCAUCUUUGCCAGCGCCGCCUAAAGACCUGCCACAAUGCUGACCGAUAAACUAGCUGAGGCCAUUUGCAAUUUGUAAUACGUAGAUAAAUGACAGGUCCACAAGAAGAGCUGAAGAGGCUAGCUACCAUAUAUUUUACUGAUUGAUUGGUAUUUUAAUAACUCUGCGCAUCACUUGUUGAUGUUUGUAAGUUAGGUGGUAAUAUGAUUGUGAUGCGUGUUUGUCAGUUC